GUCAUUUGACACGUCAGAGUGACAAAUCAAGAUCGUUCCAUUUUACAACAUGACACAACUAUAUUUGAAAUGUGGCCGGAAGCAGACCAAUUCAUUCUGAGACAUAACUGGUAUGAAUGAAAGUAACUGUUUCCUAUAGUAUACGCAAUCUAUAAAUAAUAUGUUAUGUUUUACACAUUUGCAGUUUCGGACCCAGUUCCGCUACCACAAGUUGAUCUGCUUGACUGUAAAAGUUGCUUGGGUGUGCGUCAUGAUUGUGAAUAUGACCUGUCAACGUUGGAAAACGUAUUCUUCAUUCAUUUGAACCAUCAUUUGACACCCAUGUCUGAGAGCACUAGCAAGCUUCAAUUCUCUAAGAUACUGACUGCUAUUGGAAAUUCCCAUGGUGGUGUUCUUAUACUUCAUGGGUUCAACAUACCUCAUUCCGUGGAUUUUCAUGAGUCCAUUAAUCGAAUAAUUGGUUCAAUCCUCACGCAGGAUAUCGAUCCAUGUGAAGUAUUUAAAACACAAAAGAUCGGAAAGUAUAAAUAUAUGUUGAGAAUAGACGUCGAGCCAUCAGAUAUUUUUCUCACGCUUGAUUACAAAACAAAGUUCCCGUCUUUGUCUGAGGACAAAUUGAGAAAUGCCUCAAACGAGAAAGUCCGGCGCCGCCUGUUUUCUUCGCGUAUAACAGAGAGUUCAAAUGCUGAUUUGAGGGGUAUUUUCUCCCAGCAUCAAAAUCGAGGAGCUUUGAGGUUGAACUGUCAGAUAGACUAUGCCGUGUCUCCUAUGGCACGUGGGCUCUUACAUGCCCUAGUGAGUGAGAUGACUAGACUAUCUGUCCCUGAACAUGUAUCAGCCCUCUCAAAGAAAAAGAACAGCGGAACAAUACACGUUGUUUACUCCGAGCUCAAGUUUGAUGAGAUUCCUCUGGAUCUACAAAAGCGUAUAAAGGAUCAUCUGGUGCAAGCACUGAUGGAGAAGUUCCGUUUUCAGAAAAACAAACAUUCAAGGCAUUCACUUCAAGCCUCUGAUGUUUUUUACAUAGCAUUAUCCAAAGAUACGGAAACUGGAGGCUGCAUUAUAGAGAUCGCUGUGGGACAUGUCAAUGGCUGUGUGUUCUACGACCCUGAAGGACCCGAAUCAUAUACCAUUGAAGGGGACAAAUGUGUUCGACUGCCCUUUAGGAAAUGGAUUGAGGAAGCCUUUGAGUGAACGACAGUGAGGAAUCGACGACCUAGUAUUCUUAUGAACCCGAGAUUUUCGUUAAAGUGGAUGUUUGAGGAUUUUGUUCAUUCGUUCAAGAAAGAAGAUUCUGUCUAAAGUCUAGAGCAGUAAGUGUGUGUUAUACACUCACUCACUGACUUACUCAAAUAUGGUUCCAAGAAAUGUUUACAGCUACCCGAUAAUAUCAUCCAUGACUGACCAUUUCACGAGUGUGAUGUCGUCCACGAAAACCAGAAAGUGUGAUACAGAAAUCAUGUAUGAUGUACCAGUGCCUGAAUCCUUAGCCAGAGUUGGACCUCAACACCUGUUCAUUGUGAGAGCUGACUCAACUGAAGAUCGGUUGGCCACAAAGUGUUACCUUGCUGAUGGGGUAGCCUAGUGGUUAAAACGGAAACCCCGGGUUCGUUUCCUUACACGGGUACAAUGUGAGAAGCCCAUUUCAGGAAGUGUUGAAACUAUGAAUGCAUUGUUAGUUAUUUUUAUAUAGUGUAAUCAUUUUAUACAUAAUAAUGUGCGUUACAUGUUCCACUAUUUGAUAGUCAGAUGUACUCAAUACUACCCCCAACACACUACAGAGUCAAGGAGGGUAUACACAUGAAAAUGAAUCUGACCAUGUUGAUUGUUACUAUGUGUUUAUUCUGAGUAUCAAGCUGUCUUGGAUGCCAUCUUUGUUCUAGUUCAAGAAAUAUUAUUCUUCUUUAUUCAAAGGCCAUUGGUUAUAUGUGUUCCAGCUAUGAAAAGCUUCAAAUGCUGUUUCUAAUGUAAUGAAGAGAUUCGCUAAAUAUAUUUUGCAAGCCUUUAUGAAAUGUUGUACUCAUAUGAAGGAAGUACUGAUCCUAUGAAUAUAUGGUUAGUUGUAUUAUUUACGUAAAGUAUAGUAUGACCAGAAAUUAAUGAGAAUUUUAGGAAUAUGAUUUAUUGGAAUUCUAGUAUAAACAUCAUUGACCAGCUAUCAAGUGCUUGGUUUCAUUCAAGAGAGAUAACUCCGUUAAUCCUUUUUCAUUAGUUUGUGAAGAGUUAUUUCCAUUUGUUUACCUGCUAGCAGACAACGUUUUCAGUGAUCCUCAGUACGGAUGAUUUAGAGAAGAGGAAGUUGAUUAUAGAGUAUUAUAUCAAGGACAUCAGAUCAGCUAAAGCGAUUUCAAGUAGAACAGGCAUCCCUUUGUCCACUGUUUAUCGUGUUUUGAAAAAUAUUGUGUAACCACUUUUUUAACAGCAUAAUGUUACAUAUUCCACAGGUGGAUACUCUGCCUGUACUCAAUACUACCCUAAAAAAACUACAAGCAAAAAAUGUAUACCCUUGAAAAUUGGAUUUCACCCCAAACUUGCAUUUAAUUUACUUUGCUCAAAACAGUCGCUGAAGCACUACAAAUCUAAGGUCUAAAUCUUAACUAUGUUACCUGUCGAAUAAACAUUUUAUAGCUGUUUGAUUUGUAGCCACCAUCAUACCUGGGUGUAUACGCCCUUUUGCCGGUAGUUUAUAUAAUUGAUUAUUGUUUGUAUGUACCCUGAGAAUUAUAUUGUAUUUUUCAACCAUUUCACUAGCAUAUUGAUGUGACUGAACAUUUUAUUUUAGUUUUCAAUAAUUUCACUACCAUAUUCAUGUGACUGAACAUUAUAUUUUAUUUUCCCACCAUUUCACUAGCAUAUUGAUGUGACUGAACAUUUUAUUUUAUUUUUCAAUAAUUUCACUAGCAUAUUGAUGUGACUUAAUAUUAUAUCAUUUCACUAGCAUAUUCAUGUGACUGAGAAUUCUAUUUUAUUUUUCAAAAAUGUCACUAGCACAUUUUUUUGACUGAACAGUCAGUUUUAUUUUUCAAUAAUUUCACCAGCAUAUUCAUGUGACUGAACAUAUAUUUUCCAAUCAUUUUACUGGCAUAUCAAUGUGACUGAACAUUAUAUUUUGUUUUCCAAUCAUUUCACUAGCAUAUUCAUGUAACUGAACAUUUCUAAUUUAUUUUUCAAUAAUUUCUAGUCUAGCAUAUUCAUGUAACUGAACAUUUCUAUUUUAUUUUUCAAUAAUUUAACUUAGUCUAGCAUAUUCAUGUGACUGAAGAAUCUAUUUAUGUUUCAAUAAUUUCACUAGCAUAUUAAUUUAACUGAAGAUUCUAUUUUAUUUUUCAAUAAUUUCACUUAGUCUAGCAUAUUUAUGUGACUGAACAUUCUAUUUUUCAAUAAUUUCACUUAGUCUAGCAUAUUUAUGUGACUGAACAUUCCAUUUUUCAAUAAUUUCACUUAGUCUAGCAUAUUCAUGUGACUGAAGAAUCUACUUGUGUUUCAAUUAUUUCACUAGCAUAUUAAUGUGACUGAGUUUUAUAUGUGACCAUAUUUUCUGCAACAGUAACAUCACCAUAUGUCAUGUACUCUAACUCUAUUUCAACUGUAGUUGGUGUCAUACGUUUAGUGUAAGCUGAUAGUUUUA